AUGAGUAAUUCUUCAGUGAAUCGCAAACUGAGUGCCAAAGAGAUCGCAAAAUACGAGAAAAUGUUUAAAAUGUUUGAAAAGAGAAAUAAGGGAUCGUUUGGAGUGAAAGAGCUGACAGAAGUGAUCCAAUCGUAUGGCAUGACUAUCAGUGAACAGGAGAUCCGGGAACUCAUUUCAGAGAUGGACACCAAUGACACCGAAUCCGUCACUUUCGAUGAGUUCCUCAAACUGUCGCUCAAGAAGACGAAGGACUCGGAGGCCGAGGAGGAGUUGAGGGAAGCCUUCAAAGUGUUUGAUAGAGACGGCAAUGGAUUCAUAUCUAUCGAUGAUCUCAAACACGNGCCUUCAAAAGACGGCAAUGGAUUCAUAUCUAUCGAUGAUCUCAAACACGCCAUCAAUGGUAUCGACGACCCGUUGACUAACGAAGAGUUUGACGAAAUGGUGAACGAAAUCGAUGUCAACGAUAACCAAGACAUCAAUUACGAAGAGCUCAUCACUCUUAUGACAUCCGCUCAUCAAUAG